AUGUUUUCCCCGGCCGUUCAUGAGGCCACUGGCCCAGCCGCCGGCACGAGAAGUCGUCGUCGACAGCGUCCGAAGAGUACCGAUAGCCUCGUUCAGCCGCCCAAAGCGAAGCGACAACGAGUUCCCUUAACCGAGCAGACCUUUGUGAAUCCCGACGUCCGCCCUGAGAUGCUUGAGGUUAAGCCCGACAGGCUAUCAGCGAUAGAUAUCAAACCCGACGGCAUCGAGAACAUGCCCGUACCUAAGAGGGAUCUAGGCAUUCGCGCAAAAAAGCCCAAGGCGAGCGAGAGGGUCAGCAAAGGAGAUGGUAGUGUUGUUUUGAGUACAAACAAUGCUUAUACCGUCAGCAAGUUGCCUGCGCUCCCCGAUAGGUUACGCGCUGAUGUUACUGCUCCCCAACAUGGAGAUAUCUUCUCGUCGAGCGGCUACGCUGUUACCCUUACUCAUACUCAUGCCAUUGUAUGGCCAUACACAUCGACCACCCCAUCACCCGAGACGUUCACUUUUUCCCUCCCGUAUCCCUCCCGGAGCCCUACCGAUCCCCUGCCUCUAGCGUCGCUCGUUCCUCCAUCGGCGUCAUCGACCGAGCCUGGCUUGGUCGUCGUAAUGCCUGCCAGUGGCCGGAUAACUUUCUGGGAGACUAUCUCGUGCGCCGCGACCAUUGACCUUAUGCGCCAACAGCGACACGGUGUCGAAUACGCGAUCCAUGGCAUGUCUUCCGGCGAGCGGGUAAUACAGAUUACCCCGGCCGAAUCCGCUGGUUUCGUCCUUGCUAUGAGCAGUGGCCGCCUCGCCCACAUGAUGGUCCGCGACAGCCACGGACGGCCAUCCAUCUCAGUUCGAUUCCUCGACACCAGCCUCGGUGCUUCCCAUGCCGGCAUUUUCGGCAGCAUCCGCCACGUCCUCAGUCACUCUACCGGCCGCGGAGAGAUAGCCGCUGUUCGGGCGGAAAGGUCGAGUCGUGUUGGCGAGCGAAAUGUCGUCGCUGCGACUGUUAAGGGAAAGUUGAUUGCGUGGAAGUUCCACCGAGGUGGCCAUUACGAUUCACUUGGCGAAGCUGACGUCCGCGAAUCCAUCAUCGAUGCGUUUUACGAUGCUGAUCAAUCAGUCUCCGACUUCCCAGCCGAUUCCUUCGAGCUUCUUGACUUUACUUACGUACCAAAGGGCUUGGAAUCCAAGUAUCAUGACAUGAGCAGGCUUAGCGAUGCCAUCGAGUCUGACGACAGCAACAUCCAACACCUCCUCCUGGUGGUGAGCCUCACUAAGCGCUUCAGCGCGCGGUAUGCCCUCGUCGAGGUCAUCUUGGCACCCCGAUCCGCUCGGAUCGGCAUGGUUCGUCCCAUUACCUGCUACACCACUCCCAUUAACACCAAGCCGGCGGUUAACGCCCUCCGGCCGCGCAUCCAUCUCCCACGACCAGCCCUUGUCGCCUUCGUUGUAUUCGACCGCGCAGCCGUCAUUGCGUCGAUAGCGAUACCUCCGCUGUCACCCGAUGCCCAGCUUCAGGAAGAUACCCACAUGGCUCCCGACCUGUAUGAGGACGUCAUUGACCUCCGCGAUGAUAACGUCCUUGAAAUUAUCGGCUCUGGAUUCGAGGAACCUCCUGCUGUUACGGGCCACGAGGAUUCCAGAACCCUUCGCCACAAGGCCAAGAACCCUACCGCCAUCAUCAUGGUUAGAGGGGUUGGCACUCUUCGAAUCGCCACGACAGAGGUGGAGAGAUUUGCUAGUGAUAGGGCGCCGCGCGUAACUGCGAAGAGCAAGCUUGAGCAAGCCGUCUUCUACGGCGUAAAGGCCGAUAACCCCCUCCUUUUCGACGGACGACGGGAUGUGCAGUUCACGCACGACGAGAUGUCGGAGGCCGCGUUGGAGUUGAGUCAUGAGAUUGUGAGCUCGACAAACCCCCAUAUCGGAACCCUACCCGUCUCGCUCGAGGAUAAUCUCAGGAGCCGCAGCCUGGCACUCGAGCGACUCAUUCACUACCUGGCCUCGACGAACGUCCAGAUGUCUCGACGCACGCGGUGGAUGCUUCUGUGGAAUGCUGAGAAGAUGGCCGUUUCGGUUGCGCUGUGGAAGAAGCAGGAGGUCUUUGUCGCGCAGCGACCUGUCGACAACAAGAAGACGCUCAUCACCGAAAUUGUCGAGUAUAUUCACGAGGACCAGAAGAGCAACCCGAACACGGUUGUCGGAGAGGUAGACCGUGUCAGGCACUGGUUCAUCAAUGAUGUCUGGAGGCUUGAGAUCUUCAUCGCCUGGGCGUACGAAGUUAUCAAGCACAUGUACAAGGGCCAGACGCUGGAUGACGUUAAGCUCUCUUACCUUAUGGAGGAGGCUGUUAGCGUGAACGUGAUUAGCCUUAAAGGUGGCAUUGAUUUCCGGUUAAAGAAUCUCCAGCUCUAUGGUCUCGAUGGGGAAGAGAUGGAACACGGGAUCCUUGCGGACUACACCGGACUUCCCGAACCCUGGACCGGGUCCCACUUUGUCUGCAACAACGCCAAACGUCUGCUCGAGCUGUGCCAUCAGUGGCUUCAGCAAUUCUACCCCAGCAUGGACGACCAUCGCCAGUUUGCUCGCCGACCCACCGCCGGUAUUCUUUCCGAAAUUGUUGCCAACCUCCCAACCCUCACCGACCAAUACCUACUGUCCGUGCUGGAGCAGUCGCGCUGGGCCACGACGACAAACGAUGCGAAGAAGUUGCAGUGGGCCCACGUUUGUGCCGAAGCGUACAUGACUUCCCGAUACGACAAGGUCCUGGCCCUUGAAUAUCUGGAACUUUGGGACGACGCCAUGGCGAUUGCGGAGAAGCAUCGGUGCUGGACCGCUCUCGCCGACGUGCUCAUUGUCCAGAUUCACGGUCUCAUUGCAAAAUCCCAGGAUCCCAAGGUGCCGAUUGACGCCUCGGACUUGAUCUUGGCCAAAGUGGACUCGCUCAGGUCUCGACUAAAGGGAUACUUUGACAGGUAUGGCCAAGAUUUCGCCUUCGCUGCCUACGACACUCUCCUCGCAAAGGACGGGGUGAUGGGCGUUUUGGACUUUGAUGGUGAUGUUCACGGUUACAAGACGAAGUACCUUCGAAGCAAACCCGAGUUGGCUAAGAUCUCCUGGAUCAACGAUGUCGAGGAAGAGAAGGAUGUUUCUCACGCGGCUGAUACGCUCCUUGAUUUGGGCUUGUCGAAAGAGCAACUACUGUGGAACAAGAAGGUCGAGCUCAGUCUUGGAAAGCUGGCUCUGAUGGCUAGCGACUCGAGCCUUGGUCGAGAGUUCGCGCUCGGUCCUGCGGAUACUAAAUCGGCACCCGAAACUGUACGAGAGGAACAGCUUUUCAAGGUCGACAAUGAGCUGGAGAUUAUCAAGAUCCAGGACGCCCUCUUCAGGGAAAUCUACCGCACCGUCGAGACCGCAGUUGACGAGGCCGCAGAGAUCGAGCUGGCCAUGGAAGCGCAUGCGCCUGAGGUACCUAAGAAGCACAAGAUUUUCAGCCAGCUCCUCGAGACCGGUAUCCGACGACUCCUUAGGCACGAGACUCUCGACCCGUUGACGCUUAUCGACGUGUUGACGCUGGCAAAAUUCAACGAUCAGACGCCAGGGGUUGUCGAUGAGCGGUUCUUCUUGGCUCUAUCUGUUGCUCACCACGCUCUCGUGGGAGAGGAAUACAAGCAGACCAGGAGGCUUAUCUGGAGGCGGUGCUUCACCCGAGACGACUGGUCGAAGAUCAACGAUACUCAACGCAAGCCUGACAUCGAGGUUGCGGACAUUAUCAGCAAUACGACCUUGUUCCGCACCUACGCGGCUUGUUUUGGUAACUACCAAGAUCUUAACGAACACUUCAAGCCGCUUAGUCCCAAGGACAGCCUCCACGUGUACUUGGAAGAGCUUGACCGGCGAUUCAAGGACGCAGACAAGAGCUUCCGGGAUAAGCUCCUGGAUGCCAUGAAGUGGGAGGACACGCAGCUGCGCAAGUUCAUCGACAAAUGCCGCCUGGAAGAGUGGGCGCGCAGCACCGACCAGGAAGCGCGCAACGCGGUUAACAGCCUCGUUGACGACACACUGGCGAAGAAGCUGGAGGCGACCCGUGUGCAUACGGAUAUGGACGAAGACGGAUAUCUGGCGGACGCAAACGGUUCUGCCAUGAUGAUGUGA